GGCACUAGGAAUCUGGAUAAUUUGCUGCCUGACCUUACCCAUCAUUUUUUUUCACUAAACAUGUGGCGUUGUUUUUUGACAAUUAUUGUUCUUGUGGUGGGAGCGUCCUCAUAUCCACAUCAUGGGGAAUCCCAUGGAGUUUUGCGACCUAAUGGAAACCGAGGCCAUCAAAACGGGAACCUGAAGGAGAGAUCAACAUCAUCCUCACCAUUAGAGCCUUCAAGUCCUCAGGAGCUAACCACGAUUCAAGAAAAUUUAGAUAACGAUGAUGAUGCGGAGAACGACAUCGUGGGUGUGGACGAUCACCACGUUUAUGGAGAAGAAAAUGAAAGUCGACAAAAACGUGACGAUAAUAGUGACGAAAACGACGAUGAUGAUCCUAACAGUGAAGAAAGUCAUGUAGACGACGAUAGUGAUAGUGAUGAAGACUUGUCUACAUUGAUUAUUAUUAAUGACUAGCACAUUUCCAGCUUAUAAUAUAGAGAUUAUCCGCAAGAAGUGCAAAAUGGUUCUUCAAGCGGGAAUGUGGCAUGAUUUUGUUAGCACUGCAAAAUUUGUAAUCUAUAAAUAAUAAAGCCGUUAAUUUCGUAAAAUUUGUAUGUAGUCCAACCGCUAAAUUUAUUUUUAUGUAGUCAUCUUGCUCUCCGUGCUAUAUAUUUGUUCGGAAGAAAUGCUUAAAAAUUGGGAAAUGUUGCCCCAAAAGUUUAUGUAUUUAAAGCUUGAAUAAAGAGUAUAAAGAACCAUCA